AUGCGCUCAUUGGGAACGGUGGAUGUGGCGCUGCACGCAUCUCUGCUGACGCUGCUGCUGGCGCAGGGGAUCCAUAAAUCCAAGGAUGGAGUCUACGUGCGGCCGCUGCAUCGACUCUCUGUGCUGGAAAGAUCCAGCGCCUUUCACCUGCCAACUUACAUGGUUCAUCUCUACAGGAACUUCAAGUCCAACUUCUCCAGACCCAUGGAUGUAACCAAGGCCAGGGCAGCAGACACAGUGAAGAGCGUGAUGGCUAAAAGUUUGACAUACAGACACAGGCACUGGGUUGUGACCUUUGAUCUCCACACCCUGCUGGCCGAGGAGCAGAUCCAGGCUGCAGAGCUGAGGAUCAGCCUCCCUAGUGCUCACAACAUCUCUGUGAAGGUCUAUCACCAGCAGGGCCAGGCAUGCCAUGUGCACAAGAGCUGCCCAGAAAAGCAGCUGGUGGGGCUGCUCACAAAAUCAUCACUGGUCACUUCAUCGCACAGUUGGAAAGUGUUCAACAUGACCACUCUUCUCUUGGAUUGGCUCAGACAGAAAUCGACCGCGAGAAUCCGGCACAGGAGAGUGUCAAGAAGAAGGAAAGCGGUAGAGACAAAGAGAGGCCUGUCACCCCCUGACCAGCCUGUCUAUGUGGCGAGUGCAGGGAAAGAGCAGGAUGUUAGUGACCAGGCCUUUCUGGUCAUCUUUUCGCACACUGGCUCAGAUGAAAACUCAAAGGCCAAAGCAAGCUUACUUCAUACAGCUGAACAAUCCAAGUUCUUGUCCCCUGCUGAAAUCAAAAAGGCUCGUUGGCCAAAGAGGCGCAGGAGCAAACGGGGCCAGAGAGAACAAACAGUGAGAAGCCCGCAGGUGUCCAAAAAAGCUAGUGAAAAAUCUCUCUGUCGCAAAGUUGAUCUGCAUGUAGACUUUAACCAAAUAGGCUGGGGGUCCUGGAUCAUCUUUCCGAAACGGUAUAAUGCAUACCGCUGUGAAGGUUCCUGCCCUGGUCCUCUGGGAGAAGAUCUUAAUCCAACAAACCAUGCUUAUAUGCAGAGUUUACUGAAACAUUACCACCCUGAAAGAGCGGUGUCACCCUGCUGUGCUCCGACCAAAAUGAGCCCGCUAAGCAUGUUGUACUACGAGAACGGCGAGAUGCUCCUUCGCCAUCAUGAAGACAUGAUCGUAGACGAGUGUGGCUGCCAGUGACUUCUACAAGCAUGGCCUGUGUUGCGGAGCAAAAAAAGUGUGUGAAACAAUAGAGACACUUAGCCAGUAGGAAAAAGCUCUUUUAUUAUUUGACACUGUGCAUUAUGAGACUCUAUCUGAUCAGUGUGCAGAGGCAGUAAGGAGAAUAUUGUGAGGUUAACAUGAGCUGAAACACACACUCAUUACAGUAAGCAUCAAGCUCACCAGCUGUGAACAGAGCAAGAGCUAAUGCAAAAUUUGAUUCUCCUUUACUUAUACAAUCAAUGCAAACAUGAAAUGGCAAUGUUUCUGAAUAUUACAGCACUGUUCUAUUGUACAUGACUACCAUUUGUGUUACUGUGAAUUAAUGUAUAUUUAUUGUAAA